ACCAUGCUUUGUACACUGACACGAGUCUCGUCUCUGGAAACGCUCCUCCGCCUUCGAGGCGCUCGCGAGGCCGCCAGGGGUAGCUGUGUGCCCGCGCGGCGGAGGAGGAGGACCCGCCGGGGAGGUGGAGGACACAUCCGGCGGAAAGAUGGACUCGCGCGGACGGCGAGGAGCGUAAACACGCACGGUGUUACAGCGCCGAGGCUUCACGCGCGCCAGGCUCGAGCUGCAGGUUCCGGCAGGAGCAGGAGGUUCCAGCUUCGGCGUUCGCGGUGCUCAGAUCGCACGGAGCGCGCGGAGCAGCUGCCUCCUCUGGGCGGAAGAAGAAGCAGGAGGCGGCGGAGCGGCGGAACCGACCGUCGGCGGCCAUAGAGCGAGCCGAACCGAACCGGAGCGAGCUGGACUGCGUGUUUUUACGCAGAGCGCAGACUGAGAACUGAACGGCGAGGGUGCGAGUCGGGUUCGAGACGUCGAGGCGCCGCUGCAGCUGGGUUAGUCGCUGUGUACGGUGAGGACUGUGAGAAGCCACGAUGGCCACGCCGGUGAAUGCGCAGAACCCCAGCAAGACAUGGGAGCUGAGCUUGUAUGAGCUGCACCGGACACCACAGGAAGCUAUCAUGGACGGGACAGAGAUUGCUGUGUCCCCCAGGAGCCUCCACAGUGAGCUCAUGUGUCCCAUCUGCCUGGACAUGCUGAAGAACACCAUGACCACCAAAGAGUGCCUACACCGCUUUUGCUCCGAGUGCAUAGUCACAGCCCUCCGAUCUGGGAACAAGGAGUGUCCCACGUGCCGCAAGAAGCUGGUCUCCAAGCGCUCGCUGCGGCCGGACCCCAACUUUGACGCGCUCAUCUCUAAGAUCUAUCCCAGCCGGGAUGAGUACGAGGCCCACCAGGACCGCGUGCUGGAGCGCCUCAGCCGGAUGCACAAUAAGCAAGCGCUGAGUUCCAGCAUUGAGGAGGGUCUGAAGAUGCAGGCGCUGCACAGGGCUCAGAGGGUGAGGAAGCAACAGCAAGAGAGUGACAACACCACCUUCAGCGGAGGUGAGGACAACUGUGAUGCGCGCUCCCACGAUUCAGCGGCCCCCCGCACUUCCCACCCCUCCAGUCACGCCACCGAGGCCGGACCGAGCCGAAACAAGCGGCCUCGGGCGUCAGAUGAGUCCUGCCCCGAGAUGGACCGGGGCAGCCCCACACCUCCGCCCUCCCACCAGCAUGAGGGCCCAGGCUCUGAGAUUGAGCUUGUGUUCCGCCCCCACCCCCAUCUGGUCAACACGCAGGAGUACAGCCAGACCAGAUAUGUGAAAACAACAGCCAACGCGACAGUGGACCACCUAUCCAAAUAUCUGGCUCUUCGCAUCGCCCUGGAGGAGCGGCAGGCAAGCAGGCAGGCAGACAGAGCGGCAGGAGGGGACGCAGCGGCAGGCGAUGAAGCGGGUGGAGGAGGAGGCGGGGUCAACCUGCAGGACGUCAGUGAGAAGCAGUACACUAUCUACAUCACCACAUCUGGUGGGCAGUUCUCGACGCUCAACGGCUCCCUGACACUGGAGCUGGUGAAUGAGAAGUACUGGAAGGUGAGCAAGCCGCUGGAGCUGUAUUAUGCCCCGACCAAGGAGCAGCAGCAGCAGCAGCAACAGCAGCAGCAGCCGUGAGAGAAGGAGGGAGGGAUUGCAGGAAACUCAGACCCCACCAAACUCCACCUAUCCCCCAGCAAUGAAGACACUUGUGCUUUCUCUCUGCCUGUCCCCUUCUACUUUUGCUGGUGGUGUAGAUAGGCCAUCGGCCUUGUCCCUUUUGUGGUGCUUACAGCCUGAGAGUGGAGCUUGGGGGUAGUGGAUGUCAAUUUUCCGGUACUUUCUACAUGCUCCAUUUGACAUAAGGAGAGAGAAUCUCGUAUCACUGUUUCCACCCCCCUCCUCAAAUCUGAGCACACCGGGACCUUAUUUAUCACCAAACACAAAGCAGAGAUGUCAUGUACUGUUGAAUUUUAAUCUUCAGAUCUGGACCAUGGACCUGUUUCUUUCUCAUGCAGAGAUGGCUUUUUGCCUUUUUUAACCCUGAUAUCCAAACACAGUGAAGAGGUGCUGCUCUUCAUUGUAUUCAGAUGUGCCAGCUAACACUGUGUCCGUAACCCAGCCCCAGCGCCCUGAUUGCUCCUUUUUAAGCUCCCUCAUUUUGUACAGAUCACUUUUUGUAGAAAAAAGAGCACAGAGCUGCUGUUGGUAGCUUCACGAAGAAAGGGAAUCUGUUUUUAUAAUUACAGAGGAAUGUGACUUUUUUUUUUUUUUUUUUUUUUACACAGAAGCUGGUCUGGAAAUGAAGGGAUAGUGUGCAGUUGUGUAACAAAAUAAAUUAUGCAAGUGGAAAACUGAUUGAUUGAACUUGGCAGCUCAUGGCUUGUGUUUGGGGUCCAGCAAACCUUGAACCAGGUCAAACCUUGAGGUUCAGUUUUUAAUAUAACUAUCCUUUUAUGUAUUAAGAAAUGGACUGAAACACUGUUCCCGUAGGAGUGGACUUACAGCACCCAAAGCGCACAUUCAUGUACACCUGCUCCAUGUCGUUCUGUACUUGGCGUGCAAUUUUUGUUCCGAGGUUCCUGUUCUGUUGCACUUUUCUAUGUUUCACGCAAUAAUAGUUACCACAGACAGCUUUGAGAUGCCUUAGUAUUUAUAGUUGCUGUUUAAAAUGUUGCUUUGCUGUGUGCUCUUCAAUCAACAGAU